CUCCAUCUCUCGUGUCGUGUCGUCUCUGUUUGUUUGAAAUAUCAACAAAAAUCACAUUUGGUUGGUCACAUAAAACGCUUCUCCUCCUCCUUACAACAAAGUCAACACCUUUUCAAAUUCUCUGUUUGAUUCAUAAUCGAACUCUAAUGGGAAAGCCAACGGCUAAGAAGACGCACAAGGAUGCUUCCACCGGCGGCGGCAAGUCAGGUGCUAAAACCAACCACCGCUCUGCUUCCAGAGCCUUGGACGAAGACAUGGAGAUUUUCAUCACCCGAGCAUCCGAGCUCAAAGAAGAAGGCAACAAGCUGCUCCAGAAACGCGACAACGAAGGAGCGAUGCUCUGCUACGACAAAGCCGUGAAGCUUCUCCCCAAGGACCACAUCGACGUGGCUUAUCUGAGAACCAGCAUGGCCUCUUGCUAUAUGCAGAUGGGACUAGGCGAGUAUCCGAACGCGAUUAGCGAAUGUAAUCAGGCUCUCGAAGCUUCUCCUAGGUACAGCAAGGCUCUGCUGAGACGUGCCAGAUGUUACGAGGCUUUGAACAGGCUGGAUUACGCGUUUAGGGAUGCUAGGGUUGUGCUGAACAUGGAGCCUGAGAACGCGGCGGGGAACGAGGUGUUUGAGAGGGUGAAGAAGGAGCUUGUGGAGAGAGGUGUCGAUGUGGAGGAGAUGGAAAAGAGCUUUGUGGAUGUGCAGCCUCUGGGAGCGUCUCGUUUGAAGAAGGCUGUGAAGAAGAGUAAGAAGAAGAAGAAAGAAGAUGAAGUUAAGAGCCACAGAGCUGUUCUUGUUGUUGAGAGUCCGAAGGUGAGUAAAGAUAAGCCAAAAGAGGAAAAGAGUGAUAACAAUAAUAAUAAGUCCGAGAUUGAUGGAAAGAAAAUCACUUUCAAGAAACAGAAGAAGAAGAGUGGUAAUAAGGCUAAGGCAGGAGGAGGAGAAGAGAGGAAGAUAAUGGAAGAUGAUAAGGUUGUUGUCAUGGACAAAGAGAUCAUUGCCUCGGAGAUUGUUGAAAGAGAGACAGGAACAAAAGAAGAGACGACGGUUACUAGGACGGUUAAGUUGGUACAUGGAGAUGAUAUAAGGUGGGCGCAACUGCCGCUGGAUUUCAGUAUUAGACUUGUGAGAGAUGUAAUAAGGGAUCGCUUUCCUGCUCUAAAGGGGUUCCUGAUUAAGUAUAAGGACACAGAGGGUGAUUUGGUUACCAUCACCACAUCAGAUGAGCUGAAGCUUGCUGCUUCUAAUCAUGAUAAGCUUGCUUCCCUUAGGUUAUACGUAGCAGAAGUUAACCCUGAGCAGGAACCGACCUAUGAUGCUGAAAAGGCUGUGAAGAGAUUGAGCAGUGUUGCGGAUAGUGGAGAGUCUAUGGUGGAGUCUGACAAGUGCUUUGAGAACUGGAUCUUCCAGUUUGCGCAGCUGUUCAAGAACCAUGUCGGGUUUGAUUCCGAUUCUUACUUGGACCUUCAUGACCUCGGGAUGAAGCUGUACACAGAAGCGAUGGAAGAUGCUGUAACCGGUGAAGACGCGCAAGUACUCUUUGAAAUCGCGGCUGAUAAGUUCCAAGAAAUGGCUGCGCUAGCUAUGUUCAACUGGGGUAACGUUCACAUGUCUAAGGCGAGGAAGCAAGUCUGUUUGCCAGAAGAUGCUUCGAGAGAAGCUAUAAUAGAAGCGGUUGAGGCUGCGUUUGUGUGGACACGAAACGAGUACAACAAAGCUGCUAAGAGAUAUGAAGAAGCUAUCAGUACUAAACCUGAUUUCUACGAAGCUCUCAUUGCACUUGGGCAAGAGCAGUUUGAGCAGGCGAAGCUUUGCUGGUACCAUGCACUCAAAGGCAAGGUAGACGUGGAGAGUGAGGUCGCUCAGGAGGUCCUUAUGCUCUAUAACAAAGCUGAGGAUAGCAUGGAGAGAGGUAUGCAGAUUUGGGAAGAGAUGGAAGAACGUCGUUUAAACGGAAUCUCAAAGCUGGAUAUACAGAGAGCACUGCUGAAUAAGAUGGGGUUGGAUGGAUGGUUUAGAGAAGCUGCUGCAGAUGAAGAAACGGUGGAGCAGACGGCUAAUAUGAGUUCUCAGAUUAAUCUCUUGUGGGGCUCUUUGCUGUAUGAACGGUCUAUAGUGGAGUAUAAGCUGGGGCUAACAACUUGGGAGGAAUGUUUGGAGGUUGCAGUUGAGAAAUUUGAACUGGCUGGAGCUUCUGCGACUGAUAUAGCUGUGAUGGUGAAGAAUCAUUGUUCAAGCGAGAGUGCACUUGAAGGUAUGGGGUUCAAGAUUGAUGAGAUAGUACAGGCGUGGAAUGAGAUGUAUGAUGCUAAAAGAUGGCAGAUGGGGGUGUCAUCUUUCCGGCUAGAACCAAUGUUCCGGAGACGAGCCCCAAAACUGCAUGAUAUCUUAGAGAAUGUAUUUUCUGAGUCUGCUUGAGGAAACAUUCUUCUCAUAUGUAUCAGUAGAUGUAUUGCAGGCACAUUGUUUGUUUGGGAGUAGUGUUCAUUUUUCUCUCCUCCCUUUAUGUUUUAUUUUUUGGGUGGAUAUCGAUCUCCACGGGAUAUACUCUUGGCCUCUGCGAUAUUCAUAUGUGGUGGCUGAAACUAAUUAGGAUUGGGAUUCAGUCCAGAGAAGAAGGUUAUAGAUGGUUAUAACUCUCUUCUCUUCAGAUUUUAUACAACAUAUUGGUUGUUUGUUUUGUUUGGUUUUAUACCAUAGCUCUGUAAUCAUUCUUGUUUUGGAUUAGUGUCUGUUAAAUUGGUGAUUGUUGUAUGAGUGAUUAUUAUUGUAUGACUUCAGAUUGUUUUUAUCUUCAAAAGAAAAAGAAUAAUGGAUGUUUCUCA